UAUUUUCUGUAUAAGCAAGUGACAUUGAAGUAAGUAUUAUUUGACAGGGUUAUCUUGACACUUCAUCAGUUUUUGUAAUUUGCAGGCUAUUCUUUACAUAGAUGGCUACUCCUCCUCCUAUUGAUCCUUCAUGUAUAUGUACAUAGUAUGCAUUGAAGCUUCCUUACAUAUUUCAGAUCAUGGAUCCACUGGUAGACUUCCAGGAAUUAGAUCUGUUUGAGGAAUUAGAAGCAGUAAGGGUGAGGCUACCAAGAAGAAUAGUGAAAGACCAUUUGGAUUUGUUCCUAACCCUGACUGAAGAGGAGUUCACCUCCAGGUUCAGGCUAUCCAAACAGGCUGCGAGAUCCCUGCUCACUCAGCUACAUUUACCAGAGGCCAAUGAUUCAAGAGGGUGUCCUUUGCCACCUCACCUCCAACUCCUCAUCACCUUAAGAUGGAUGGCAACGGGUGAUUUGCAGCUUACAAUCGGUGAUGCUUUUGAAGUCUCGCAGCAGUUUGUAAGUGCAUGCUCUUCACGUACUGUACAUGCCAUUGCUACUUUAUGUGAGCAGUAUGUACAAUUUCCAGAUUGGCAUCACCUGAGGUCUGUUAAAAGAACUUUAAUGCCAUACCAGGUUUCCUUUCUGUAAUUAGUGCUAUAGACUGCACCCACAUUCCAAUUAUGAGUCCAGGUGAUCCUCAGGCAGAACAGUUUAGGUGCAAAAAGGGAUUCUUUUCAUUAAAUGUACAAGCUGUGUGGUCCGUAUUUGAAGUUGUAUAACAUAGUUUGUCGAUCAUUGCAUGACAGCAGAAUAUUUAGGAAUAGUGCCCUGUAUGCUCAACUACAAGGAGGUGGUUAUGAUGGCCACCUGUUAGGGGACUCUGCAUACCCACUUUGCCCCUUUCUAAUGACUCCAAUUCUGAUUCCCAGACAGCAAAAUUAGUUUAGAUGCAAGAACCCGUAAUCCCAUAGAAAGAGCAUUUGGAGUUUUGAAACGCAGAUUCCGUUGUUUGUCCAUUCCUAUGCAGACAAAUAUGAAUAAAACCAUAUACAUUAGUUUGUAGUGCAGCAGUUUUGCACAAUCUUGGAAUUAAUUUCAAGGAUGGAUUUGAAAAUUUGGAGGGCAAUGAUGAUGGUGAUGAUGGUUGUAUACAGAAUGACUAUGAAGAUGUAAUUCAUGAUGUGCAAAAUAGGCAGGCUGGACAAAGAAAGAGGGCUAACAUAAUCAGUAGUGUCUUUUGAGAUUUAUAAAUUUAGAUUUGAGAUAUAUAAUUUUAAAGUUGAAAAAGUAAAUUUUCAAGAAAUGGCCCAUAAAGAUUUCUCCCACUGCUGUGAAGAUGUCUCACUGGAGUGAGGAUAUUUUCAUGUUAUAUAAAUAUAUAUAUUUUUUUUAGGACGUGAAAGCACAUCUACUCUAGUUUUGCAAUAUUAGUAUAGUCUAACCAGCCUUAAUUUACGGCCAAGGGGGGGUG